CAGAACACUCUGUCUUCACUUGAUCUGUCUUUUCAAUCUUCUUUUCUCUCUCCCCAGUCUAUAAGGACAUGGCAAUGGCCUCUUCAUCUUUACAGCAUGCUUUUAUUUUUAUACUCCUGGGGAGCAUCAGGACUUUAGCCUUGGACAAAUAUAUUGCAGCAGUAUUCGAACAUGCAGUCAUACUGCCAGAAUCCACAGUGAAACCUGUUUCCCCCGAAGAGGCCUUAAAACUGAUGAACCAAAACAUAGACAUCUUAGAAGAUGCCAUCCAAAAAGCAGCAAAGCAGGGAGCACAUAUCAUUGUGACUCCAGAAGAUGCCAUAUAUGGAUUUUUCUUCACCAGAGAGACCAUUUAUCCUUACCUUGAGGACAUUCCAGACCCACAGGUCAACUGGAUUCCAUGUACUGAUCCUGAAAG